AUGUUCUUCAGCCUCAAGCCCAUCAUCAUCCUAGCCCUGACCCUCACUGCGGUUGCCAGCCCUAUCACCAACCCGACAGUUGAGGAGACCAAUAUUCUCGUCACCCGCGCCCAAAAGAAGGAUGUUGACUGUAAUGGGCAGAAAUUCACUGUGGCAGAUAUCAACAACGCCCUCCGUCAGGCAAAGGUCGUCGAAAAAGCCAAAGAGGAUGGAGCCACUGACUACGGUGAUUACCCCAAAGUGAACAAUAAUCACGAGAACCUCUUCAGUUCCACUAGCACACUUUAUGAGUAUCCUCUUGUAUCCGGGACCUUUAGUGGAAAGAAUGGCGUGCGUCCGGGCUUAUACCGUGUAAUCAUGAAUGAGAAAUACAACUAUAUGGGAUCGGUAUAUCACGUCGCGGGUGUGAGUAAUGCUUUCAAGAAGUGCACAAACGUCGAAGACCCUUCCACUACCACGACUACUACUACUAGGGCCACUGCCAAGGCUACUACUAAAGCUAGUAGCAGCAAGUCUGGCAGCAAGUCUGGUAAGAAGUCCAGCACCAAGAAUGGUUCACAUUAG